CUUGGCUAAAAGUGGCGCAUGACCCCUCUCCUUCUUUUGUUCGCUUCCGUGGCGGUUGGAUGUGGAUGUGGUUCCAGUAAUUACGCAUAUUUUUGAUCGUGGGGACUGCAUACACGUUGUCCCUGUUUUUUUUUACUUUCGUAACUUCGUUGACUGGCGUAGGAGAUAGAAUGUAACAGCUCUGCUCAGAGCCAUUUAUUGAACCAGAACCAGAACCAGACCCCUCUCCUUCUCUCUGGUUGUGUUUUCUGAGCGUCCAUUGUAUCUAAAAUAAGUUACCGUAAGGACUCUUUAGUAUCGAGUGAUUAGAGCAACGAUGUCCUUGACAAGUUUGUUACCUGCUCCUACCCAAGUAGUAUGGGACAGAGAAGAUGAAGCACGUGAGCAAAAAUUGCGCCAACGACCUGUCUCAGCACUGGUCAAGGCUGUUGUCACUGCUCCACCUUAUGGACAACGACGAGGAUGGGUGCCACGUAAUCCAGAAGAUUUUGGAGAUGGAGGAGCUUUUCCUGAGAUUCAUGUCGCACAGUAUCCACUUGGAAUGGGGAUGAAAGGCAAGGAAACUACAAGCAACGCCUUAGCAGUUCAACUUGAUGCUCAAGGAAAAGUAAAGUAUGAUCUGAUAGCUAGACAAGGUCAUGGUAAAGACAAGAUCGUCUACAGCAAAUUAAGUGACUUAUUGCCAUCGGAAAUUACAAACGAGGAAGAUCCUACUUUGCAACGGCCAACCGACGAGGAAACCGAUGAACUCAGGGAUAAGACAAAGAAGGCUUUGGAAAAGAUAACAAGAUCAAAAAUCGCGGCAGCCAUGCCUGUAAGAUGCGCUGAAAAACAAGCUCCAGCUCAGUACAUUCGCUAUACGCCGUCGCAACAAGGACAAUCAUUCAACUCUGGUGCGAAACAACGAGUGAUCAGAAUGGUGGAGGCUCAAGUGGAUCCUUUGGAGCCACCAAAGUUUAAAAUUAACAAAAAAAUUCCGAGAGGCCCUCCGUCUCCUCCAGCGCCAGUUAUACAUUCGCCUACUAGGAAAGUGACGGUGAAGGAGCAAAAAGAAUGGAAAAUACCGCCAUGCAUAAGUAAUUGGAAAAACGCCAAGGGUUACACGAUUCCGUUGGACAAGCGUCUUGCUGCGGACGGCCGUGGCUUGCAACAAGUUCAUAUCAACGAGAAUUUCGCCAAGUUGGCGGAAGCUUUGUACAUCGCCGAUAGGAAGGCUCGGGAAGCCGUCGAGAUGCGAGCGCAGUUAGAGAAGAAACUGGCUCAGAAAGAGAAAGAAAAGAAAGAGGAUCAUUUGAGACAACUUGCACAAAAAGCCAGAGAAGAGCGCGCUGGCUUGAAAUCCGCUACAGCGUUAGAGAAAGCCGAGGAGUCGCGUGAAAGGGACCAACUCAGGCAAGAGCGACACAAAGAUCGCGCUCGUGAGCGGAACCUGGCACGUGCCGCACCUGACAAACGAUCUCGUCUACAACGCGAGCGUGAACGCGAUAUCAGUGAGCAGAUUGCGCUUGGUUUGCCCGCUAAGAGCAUUCCGAAUACUGGAGAAGCGCAGUUCGAUCAGCGUCUUUUCAACACUAGUAAGGGCAUGGACAGCGGUUACGGUCACGAUGACGAGUACAACGUGUACGACAAACCAUGGAAAGAUAGCAAUUCGAUCGCUUCGCACAUUUAUCGUCCUAGCAAGAAUAUCGAUAAAGAUACUUACGGCGACGAUCUCGAAAAAUUGGUUAAGACAAACAGAUUUGUUCCUGACAAAGAAUUUAGCGGAACCGACCGAUCGGCCACGCGUUCCGGACCAGUGCAAUUCGAGAAAGAUGAGGAGGAUCCGUUCGGUUUGGAUCAGUUCUUGAAGCAGGCCAAACGCGCCAGCAGCUCGACCACGACGACAACAAAGCGCAGUAGAGAUGACCGCGACAAGAGAGACGAUCGCGAAAAGCGAAGGAAACAUUAAGUAUUUCACAUUAUACAGUGUUUAAUUGUAUAUAAUUGCUGCACUACUAUUAUUAAUUAUUUGUUUAAUAAAACCCAUCUAAAUUCCUA